AUGAGGGCUUGCAGGGGCUUCCACCUUCAACUGCAAAGGGCAUUAAGAUUGGGUAUCAUUCAGUCUCCAACUCUGUUAUCAUUCACCAAUUCUUUCCAUUCUUCUACUUUCACUUCCACACUUCAAGAUGCGCACUUCUUCACUUCUAACUUCAAAUCUGCUUCUUCUACCCACCUUGAUGAUGCCUUAGUUUCCUUUAAUAGAUUUUUAUCUGCUCUUAUUAACUGCUUCUGCCAAUUACACCUUGUCGAUUUUGGAUUUUCUAUUUUGGGUAAAAUCCUCAAAUUUGGAUUAGAGCCCAUCAUUGUGACAUUUACUACCUUAACUAGUGGGCUUUUUACAGAGGGCAAAAUCAAUCAAGCAGUAGACUUUUUCAAUGAUUUGGUUGCGAAAGGUUAUCGAACUAAUGUUCAUACUUACACUGUGUUAGUAAAAGGUCUGUGUAAAUUUGGGAAAACAAAUGUGGCAAUUGGGUUGCUGAAGGGAAAGGUUGAGAGAGGUUGUGAGCCAAAUACCGUGACAUACAUUGCAAUCAUCAACGCCCUUUGCAAGGAUAAGCUAGUUGUUGAGGCUUUAGACCUCUUCCCUCAAAUAAGGAAUAAAGGCAUCUCACCUAAUGUCAUAACUAUAUUGAUUGACCAUCUUUGUAAGGAAGGAAUGGUUUCGGAGGUUCAAGGUAUUUUCAAUAUGAUGGUUCAAAGGCGCAUAAAGCCUAAUGUUGUCACAUGUGGUUCAUUGAUUAACGCGUAUUGUCAGCAUAGCCAAAUUGAUGAAUCUAGAAAAGUAUUUGAUCUAAUGGUAAGAAGGUUAGUGAUAGAAGGACCUGGCAGAACCACCUUAGCUAUAGGAGAUGUUGAAAUGAUUAAAGAGGCAACAUUGCUAUUGGUAGCAGUAGGAUGGAGGGCACUUGUGGCAGCUAGGAAUUUGCUGCCAUUAUCCACUUGGCCAGUAGUGUCUGUUCAUAUGAAAUAA